UCACAUUUCACGCUGACACCAAGCGAACACUGGGCGCAUACACACACAUUCGCAUACACUCACACGCUGGGCUCACCAUAUUAUCGACAGAUCCGAGUCAGGAGUACAGUCGAGGAGAGCACAUUGAAGUGGCUAAAGAGCUUCUUCUGUGAGAGGAAACCGGAGGAAAAACGCAGAAAAAGAGAAACAGAGGAAAUCCCCCGAAAGGAAAUGCCAAUCGCAGCCGCUGGACAGCCAACGACUCAGGAGCCUAGAGUGUGCCCCCGGCUGCCCUCCACCCCGGAGCCUGUCCCUAAAGGGGCUGAUUUAUUCGACGAGGCGGGGGCGGCGGAGUCGGCGGAGCGAACAGAGUACGGGGGCGCGGAGGGGGGCAGAGGACUCGGGGGCUAUAGUUACAGCCAGAGCGGCGCUAGGGGCUUUGUACAGCCCGGAUCCACCAACGGCUCUCCGCCACAGUCCCCAGCCGCGUCCUCCUCUUUUCUCUUCCAUCCACUUCACCACCCCCACCAAAUGGCCAUGGAGCCCCCAAGGACUCGAUCGCGUUCUCGGUCUGGAUAUUACCAGCAGUACGGUGGUGGGAAUGGGAAUGGAAUUACCGGCAGCGGAGUCAUGGGAUCUAACCAUCACCACCACCACCUCCACCAUCAGCAGCAGCAACUACAUCCACAGCAGCAGCACGGUGCCGGUUGCGCACCGCUUGGAGCUCACAGCAACCACCCGGAGAACCAGCCUCGAGCCCCAGGAAGUAACGCCUCUUCCGGCAUUCAGAGGCUGCCUUCGGUUCCCGGAGCGCACCGCAUCCCGGCGGCAGGAGCCUCUGGCGGGUCCUACCACUGCCACCCCGAUCAUGCAUACGGAGAGGAGAGCGAUAAGAGUGAGGAAAGCCCCAGUCCAAAGCGCCAGAGGCUGUCCAGUCAGUCUGUCUUGGAACAGCUAACCUCAUCCGCCCCCCCACCAUCCACUCCAUCUCCCCCAAUCCGCCCCUGGGAGUCAGGACCCCCAAGUCGGAGACAACCGCACCCCCACACACACUACCACCAGGAGAGAUGCCUCACUCCUGCUCGGCACAGACGCAGCCCGCCAGCAAGGCGACAGCGCGGCCGUCUCUCCAGACCCACCCGUCACUUGCCUCCCCAUCACCACCCCUCCACCCAAGGCCCCGCACCUCGUCUGUCACCGUCAGAGCACCAGGAUGAAAACUACCACCACAACCUCCAUCCCUCCACACACCAGACAUACCCAACCCACACGCCCAGCGCCUAUGGCCAGCCUCCCACAACCGGAGGUGCGGGCGCAAGUUUGGAGGAGCCCCGAGCUUUCCACCCUCCCACCUUGUCGCCGCGACUACUGCACCCGGCUGCUCACCACCACCACCACCCCCAUCAUCAUCAUCACCAUCAUCAUCAUCAGCAACAGCAUCACGCAACGCAACAACAGCAAGGAGCCAUGGUCAUGGACUUACAUGAACAGCUGCAGCAGGCCAGUGUACCAGUCUCCUACACAGUGACCCCAGUCCCUCCACACGGUCUCGCAGCACCUUUGUGUAGUGGCCAGCACCUUCCCCCUACCUGUUCUUCACAACAACAAGUCCCCGCCUGCAGUGUGGUCUUCAGCACUGGACAACACUACCACCCGAUGCUACCGGCGUGUUCAAUGCAACAUUUGCCGGUGCCGUAUGCCUUUCCCUCGCUGCUGUCCAGUGACCCUCAGUUCCUGCUUCCACAUCCACCCCACCUCUCCCACCACCCACCCCAUCUCCCCACACCUGGACAGUUCCUGCCUUUCCAGACGCAGCAGCCACGAUCGCCCUUACAAAGGAUCGAAAAUGAGGUUGAGCUUCUAGGAGAGCAGCUUUCAGUGGGUGGAGGCUUCAGCUACGCCCACCAUCACCACCACCAUCACCACCAGCCUCCCUCCACUCUGCCGCCCUCCACCCCCCUCCAGUUCCUUUCACACCAUGACCCCCUGUCGCAGGAGCUCUUUACAGUGCCCUAUCCCCACUUUAUGCCUCGACGAUUCACAAGCCGGCGAUACCGCUCUCAGCAGGCUGUACCACCAUCACCAUACCACCCCAGCUUCCUGCCUUACUUCCUGUCCAUGCUUCCUAUGCCCCCAAAUGUGGCCCCUACUAUCAACCUAGAGCUGGAUGUAGACGACGGAGAGGUGGAGAACUAUGAGGCCCUUUUGAACCUCGCAGAACGUCUAGGAGAGGCCAAGCCCCGUGGUCUUACUAAGGCAGAUAUAGAACAGCUUCCAUCAUACAGGUUCAACUCCAACAACCAUCAGUCUGAGCAAACACUGUGUGUGGUAUGUAUGUGUGACUUUGAGUCUCGCCAGCUCCUGAGGGUCUUGCCGUGUAAUCACGAGUUCCACGCCAAGUGUGUAGACAAGUGGCUCAAGGCUAACCGAACCUGCCCUAUCUGUCGAGCCGAUGCCUCUGAGGUCCAGCGGGAUUCCGAGUGACCUCAUAUCAACACCCUGAAUCCCCGACUCCCCUUCUUGGAUGCACCAACCAAUCAAUGAACUUCUCUCCCUCUGUCGUAUGCCUCCGUUCACACAUUCUGCCACAUAACUGGGACCAGUGCUCCUAUUUUCUUUCACUCUUUAUCCCCCAGGACACUGAACAGUAACUCUCACCUGGGAUCAGCAACUUUCUACUGACUCGUGCUCACUUUAUCGCUGGACUUCCUAGGCCUUCUGUUUGGACUAUUACGCCCCUACUACUCUGCCUUCUGCUCAUGGUUACCCCUUACUAAGAAUUGCCUUUGAAACACAUACACUCAGUGUCAUGUGCAGGUGGACAUAUAUAUAUAUAUAUAUAUAUAUAUAUAUAUAUAUAUAUAUAUAUAUAUAUAUAUAUAUAUAUAUGUAUGUGUAUUUUUUUUAAACUCGUUAUGAGCCCUUGACAGAAAGAAAGACUGUCUUUGAAAAACGUCUGUAUAGUUGUACUAACAAACAUUUAGGGAGAAUUGGCAGUCCAAAGAUUAUAAUAAUUCCAUUGUUAUUGUUCUGGUUAUGAUUAAGCAUUCACAUCUUGGCUUGCAGAGACUGUCAUUUUUUACUAAACCCAUUAUAAUUGCAGUUGAACAGUAUCAGUCCAUUUUAAUAUCUUUAUGUGUAUUCUUGCAUUCCUUGGCGUGAGAGCAGUCUGUAUGGGGUGAAACAAAGAUACUGUACACUGUGUAUCAAAGAGUGAGCGACUUUGGAACAGUGAAAAAUAGACUUUAUUUUCUCUAUAUGUGUGUCUGUGUGCAAGUGUGUGCCAGUGUGUGUCCUUGGGCUUGUGUGUGUGCGCGUAUGUGUGCGUGUGUGUUACUCCUCCUGUGGUAUUUAUACAGUUCAUGUGGUACAGUGCAUUGACUUCCUUAAUCCUGUUUUUUCCACUCUACUUCAGAUAGAUUUAGACUCACUGGAAGCUGAGGGUAACUUCAGACCUUUUAUAGCCGAGAUCUGUUCAAAAAUCAAAGUUUAAAAUCAGAGUGUAGGACCAGGAACACCUCCACGGAAGUUAACAAUGCUUUUAUGUCAUGUUUCUUUCUUUUUCUUUCUAAGCCACGCAUCAUUGACACACUUCGAAUCCCAUCACUUCAUGUCUGGCCAUCUGCAUUGUUUUUGUCCCAUAUGAGUAAAGGAAACAGAUAGGGACUAUUUUUCUUUAUUUCAGCACAUCCACCAAGCUCUCCCUCAAGACACAUUUAUGUGAAUAUAGUUGGAUCUUACAGGGCUGACAAGGUGGAUGCAAAACAUUCAUGAAAACUGUCACCGAAAUACUCACACAUGCUCAGUUUACUAGCUUUCUUACGGGAAUGAGGCCUUUGAAAACACGCAUCUAUAUCUGUCUUAUAUCUGCACCCAUACAGCGUUUUGUCGGUGUUGGUAGAUAUACAUGCAAUGAUUUCUCCAUCAUUGACAGGGAACAAGUUUGAAGAGACUUAAAAGGUCACAGCUAAAUCUACUGUUUCAGCAGAUGGUGGAUGUGACACUUCAGCACUUUAAUACGUAGAUUUAAGACCUACACGCUCUUUUCAUUCUGAACAAACCACUGAUCAGUUUCCCACAGUCCAUGUUUGUAUGAGAACAAACAUUCAAACGCAUUAAAUACAUGUAUGUUCUCCACAAUGACUUCCAGCACCUACAGUAUCCCAGUAUGUCAGUUCCUUUAUAUUCUCACUGCACAUCUGUCUAUUUUUCAGAGUUUUUGGGGCUCAGUUUCUUCACAGUUCUGUAUUUCUGUAAGGCCCAUGUCAGCAUGUGAUAAUGUAACUCAGAGAUGUUCACCUCAUGCAAAGAGCAGGCUUCAAAUGUAAACAUGGCCGCAAGCAGCAGUCCUGGGUUCAGCAGCAGCUCAGUUGCCAAAAGCAAAGCCACAAGUAGCAGUGAAUGGGUUUCAGGCUUCAAAAAAACUGAGCAAAGUCACUUUGGCUGGCCUAAUUUUCAUUAGUUUCUCACACAGUCGUUUCAUUGUUACAAUGUAAGCAACACUUAAAUAAUUGCACACUUAAAGCCCCACCUUUGCUCUGCCUUUAUUGGAUGUGAAUGAACCUUUGGAUGCUUGUUCAGGAUGUAGUGCCGGAUGUCUCCACUGAGUUUAAUCGGGAUUCCCCCAACACAGCUUGACUUAUGGCCAAUUUCCUGCUAAGCCCUGCCCUUUGCGAAGACUUUUUGAUGGAUGGCGGCCAUGUUUUUGACAGAUCUUGCUCAUUUGUAACAGAAUUGUGUCGCUCCGUCCUGCAAUGCUGGAUACCAAAUUUGUAUUGAUACUGUCAAAUUUUAAAAAGUAGAUCUCGCAUUGCUGUUUUUCCCUUGUGCAAAUUAGCAACAACUCCGUCAUGGUCGCCUUUAUUGUCCGAGAGGCUUUUUGUUGAGCACAUUGAGGUGUAGAAGUUAUUCAGACUUAGGUAGUGUGGGGUGUGGUCUUUAAAAAUGUUAAAAUAUGGGUCCGCCAUCAAGCUGAUUUGGAUCAAAUUUGAUGUGAAGCACUGGGACAUCGUUUCCACCAUUGGUGCCAAAUUUUGUGUCUCUAGCUUGUUCCAGCUCACAGCAAAUUGAGCAGCACCACGAAAAAAAAAAAGACUAACAGGCCAUGCCCACAUGCAAGUAUCAAAAUGACAGGUCAGAUCCUUGUUAAUACUUGUCCCCACAGUAUGUGCACAAAAUUUGGUGAAAUUCUGUCCCUUGGGUUUUGAGGUACACAGUUCUUGCAUUUGUGGCACCCUCUAUGGGUUGGGCUCGUAAUGCCUGGGUAGGCCUCUUCCCCAACACAUACUGAAGAUAUCCACCAAGAUUUAUGGUGAUGAGUUAUGGCCAAUAUCCUGCUCAUCCCUGCCCUUUGCAAAGACAUUUUGAUUGGUGUGUCCUGUGCUACUAUGAAUACUAAAUUUUCUGACACAAAAUUACAGUGAUGCUAAUUUUAUUUUAACCAUUAAACAUGGGCAGAGUAAAGUAGAUAUCACUUCACAGUGAAAUGAAACAUGUUCAGGAACAUAUACAGACAUUUAUUGACCAUUAAAAAUAGUUUCAUCACAAACUACACUCUCCCAUCUCAUCACAUGUGACAAUACAUUACCUUACCUUCAUCUUUGCCUCCACAUGUUGACGUCUGGUACGCUCUCCGGCAGUCAUCAAAGUACCAGGCAACAAAAACUGCACAAAUACUGUAUUGUAUACCAGGACCAACAAUGAUGUAAGAAGUGUUAAUUAUCUCUGGCUUAAAAUACAUUUAACGUCCACUCGAGGGGUGUGUCCAAGUGUACGUCCUGCUGGUGCAACCAAUCCACUUAAGGAACCACUUUUGUGGGCUAUGUGUGACACGUUCACUAUUUCUCUACUGCUUCCCACAGGCUCUGGUAAACAUUUAGGUGUUCAGAGUCAUCCUUUAUUUUUUGGCCUCAGGGUGGUGCUAGGGAAAGGUAAUAAAGUAUUUUAUAUCAGCUGUUUGUUUUUUUUUUUCUCACAGAAGUACAUGACUUUCUCAAUGAAUUACCAGAUUUUUUUUUUUUUUUUUUUUUAAUGAACUGUAUUAUUCUCAUAUGCGUUU